AAAAAAAAAAAACAAGAAAGAAAGAAAGAAGGAGGCUGUUCUUCAUACGUUUCAUUCUCAGUAUCCAAAACUAACAGAAAUUACGCCUCUCUCAUUCUCUCUCUAUUUCACAUAAACAAAACCCUAAUUUUUAUUUUUAUUUUUAUUUUUCCUCUCUUUCUCGAGAAAAUACUCAAACCCUCAACCAUUUGGUUUCUGCCUCUCCGUAGCACUGAAACUCGCUCUCUCUCCCUCUCCCUCUCCCUCUCCCUCUCUGUCUGUCUGUUCUCUGCUCUGAAAACGCAUUGUUUGGGAUUGGGAAUAUUAACACUUCGAAAGCGGUUAUUGAAACGGUUACGUUUUUGGGCUUUAGCAGCCUUUAAUCAUAGCGCGCUAGGGUUAGUUCUCUCUCUCGCUUUGGCUGUUUCUCCAUCUAUAGUUUCUGUUUUCAAUAUUUUAUUUUUGGAAAUUUUAAAUUAAAUUAUCGUUACUUUCUUCAAACCCUAGAACGCUGCUAACAGAUACGGGUUAUUUGUGUUUAACUAGGGUUUCUAUUUGUGUGCAUUACCCCUUCUGGGGUGUUCACACCCUGAUUUUCUCGGUUGUUUAGGGUUUCCGCGGAAUUCUACUGUUGAUGGGUGUUAAGUGUUCUAGAAUCGGGGAUAUUGUUUUAUUGUCGCUGUAAUUUUUUUUUUGUUGGACCUUUUUAUACCGUUGAUUUCGUUAGAGAUGAGGGUCUAUUGACCUUGUUUGUUUUAUCAUCUGCAAAUCCAUCUUUAAUUGAAGAUGGAGGCGUAGACAGAUAGAGGAACACAGAGACGAAGGGUUUUGGUUAUUUGUCAUUGCCGUUGUUCUUCUGUUCUGGGCUUGUACUAACUUCGCAAUCUGCUUCUUUCAAAAUUAAUUUGUGGUGUUUAAGCCUUAUUAUUGUCACACAUAGAACAACUUUUUUUAUGAAACAUUGGAUGUUUAUUUUUCCAUUGUUGACUAAAAUAAUAAUUGGUGGUGACUGGAGUAUUGAGAUUGGGAAUUACUGUGGAACGGAGAACAGGGUUAGGGGUAGAAGGUAGUAGUUUUGUUUAGAAAGACUGUCAAUUCUGAUAGGAAAGGAGGGGUGAAGAAGGUGAGAGAAGUAUUAUUUUUCUUUUUGAAUCUGAUGAUGUUCAGUAUUGGUACUUAUGGAAAGAAGUGAACCCACAUUAGUUCCAGAAUGGUUGAGAAGUUCUGGAAGUGUUUCAGGGGGUGGCAGUUCAGUCCACCACUUUGCAUCGUCAUCUUCUCUUUCAGAUGUCUCAUCAUCAGCACAUCACACUAGAAAUCGAAAUUCUAAGGGUUUAACUGAUUUUGAUUCCCCCCGAAGUGCUUUUCUUGACCGAACAUCAUCCUCUAAUUCACGGAGGAGUUCCAUUAAUGGGUCCGCGAAGCAUGCAUACAGUAGUUUCAGUAGAAGUCACCGUGAUAAGGAUCGAGAAAGGGACAAGGAGAGGUUGAACUUUGUUGACCAUUGGGACCGUGAUGGGCCUGAUCCUUUGGGAAGUAUAUUGUCAAGUAGAAGUGAGAAGGACACUUUGCGACGUUCUCAUUCUAUGGUAUCAAGGAAACAGGGUGAGGUGUUGCCUCGAAGAUUUGCUGUGGACUUAAAAAAUGGGAGUAGUGGCAACCAUACAAAUGGCAAUGGUUUGUUAUCUGGGGGUAUUGUUGGUAGCAACAUUCAGAAGGCAGUGUUUGAAAAGGAUUUUCCCUCUCUUGGCUGUGAAGAGAGGCAAGGAGUGCCUGAAAUAGGAAGGGUUUCAUCUCCUAGCUUGAGCACAGCUGUCCAAAACUUGCCUGUUGGUAGUUCUGCUCUGAUUGGUGGGGAGGGUUGGACUUCAGCUCUGGCAGAGGUGCCUGCUUUAAUAGGAAACAGUAGCACUGGUUCCUUAUCUUCUGUGCAGUCUGUUGCUGCUUCAGCAUCUGCAUGUCCAAGCGUAAUGGCUGGUCUCAAUAUGGCUGAAGCAUUGACGCAGGCUCCAUCAAGAACCCGUACCGCUCCACAGGUAACUGAGCAGUUAUCUGUCCAAACACAGAGGCUUGAAGAACUGGCAAUUAAGCAAUCGAGGCAAUUGAUACCAGUGACACCUUCAAUGCCAAAGAGUUCGGUUCUCAAUUCAUCUGAUAAAUCAAAGCCCAAAACAGUGGUCAGAUCAGGUGAGAUGAAUAUGGCUGCCAAGAGUAUGCAGCAGCAGUCCUCUGCAUUGCACCCUACCAAUCAAUCUCUUGGCAUACAUGUCAAAACUGAUGCACCAAAGACAUCUCAUGGGAAACUCUUUGUUCUCAAACCUGGAUGGGAAAAUGGUGUAUCUCCAUCUCCAAAGGAUAUUGCAAGCCCUACUAAUAAUGUCAGCAGAGCAGCAAAUAGCCAACUUGCUGCUCCUGCCUCGGUUACAUCUGUGCCUUUGAGGAGCCCAAACAAUGCUAAGCUUUCCUCCUCUGGCGAACGCAAGUCAGCUAACUCAAAUAUGAUUUCAGCUUUCAAUGUGGAAAAGAGACCUUUGUCUCAAACCCAGAGCCGAAAUGAUUUUUUUAACCUCCUGAAAAAGAAAACCUCAAACAGCUCUCCAGCUCUUCCAGAUUCAUCAUCUGUUGUUUCAUCUCCUACUAGUGAGAAAUCUUGUGAAGUGAAUAAGGAAGUGGUCAGUGCUCCUACAAGUCCUCAAGCUAUUAAAGAUGGUGCUGAGUUGACUAGCAAUGGUGGCACACAUGAAGAAGUUCAAAGAUUUUCUGAGGAAGAGGCUGCAUUCCUUCGUUCUCUUGGGUGGGAAGAAAAUUCUGGUGAAGAUGAGGGCCUCACGGAAGAGGAGAUCAAUGCUUUCUAUCAGGAGUAUAUGAAAAAGAAACCAUCCUUGAAAGUCUGUCGAGGCGUGCAGCAAAAGCUGCUUGAAUCUCAUGCAACUGUUUUGGGUGGAGCUUCCUCUGAACUGAUCUCUUCUGACUCUGGCUCAGAAACUUGAUGCUGUUCCAAUGAAUAGAUCUGAGAAAUUCCAAUUUUUGAUGGCAGAUGGUUAGUUUCCUUUUUGUCUCUUUUUAUUUUGAAGAAAGCUGAUGAGUUGCAUAUGGAAGGAAGGUGGAUUUUUGGUUGGAACUCUGCAUUUGCAAAUAGUGCAAUAAGUCACAGGUGCCUUAAUCCUGCCUUCCCAUUAGAGGGUAAUUUUCAGAGUUGGUCGUUGAUUGGGAGAGAGGUUAGGAUAGGGACUAUUUUGUCUGCAGUGGAAGGUGCUGGCGAAAUUGCAUCUUUUGGGGUAUUUUGUUAUUUUUUCUUUUCUUUUCAAGAGGGUUUGAUUCUACAAGAAAAAUGGUGUUUUUGUCAAUUUUACGGAAAAAAGGAAAUCAAAAGUUUCAUUUUUAGUUUAGUUCAUGUUGAUAUAAGUAUCUUUGGAGUUC